CAACCUUGGAACCUCCUUAGAGCAACGGAUCAGAGCUAGGACGUGGACUUGCAUCUCUUACUCACGGAACCGCGCCUCCCGCCCCUUUACCGGAACCCUGUGCGCGGCGCUCGACUGCCGCCCGGCGAUGGAACGCGCCUGCCAUUCUCCGCAAUGGAGCUGGCGGAACGGUUCCUGUUGGAUGCCCUCUCCUACUUGGAGUGCGCCGUAGGCAUCCCGAUUUUCGUGCUAAUAAAGCUGGUGGGCUCGCCCUAUGGGCGCUACGCAUCGCAGUACUCUGGCUGGCGACUGAAGGCGUCCAUCGCCUGGGCGUUGCAGGAGCUGCCUUCAUUGGUCGUGCCGCUCUUCUUGUGUGCUUGCACGGCGGCCGAACGCCUACGCCGCUGGCCCAACCGCGUCCUCCUGGCCAUGUUCCUCGUCCACUACAUGCAAAGGUCCUUGAUUUUUCCGUUUCUGAUCCGAGGAGGGAAGUCUACACCAUUGUACGUAUGUGUAGCUGCAUUCCUGUUCUGUACCUGUAAUGGCUACUUGCAAGGCAGAUACUUAAGCCAGUAUGCAGAGUAUGCUGAUGACUGGGUCACUGACCCCCGAUUCCUAACAGGUUUUGUCCUGUGGUUAAUGGGCAUGCUGAUAAAUAUUCACUCAGAUCAUAUCCUAAGGAAUCUCAGGCAGCCAGGGGAGACUGGAUACAGAAUUCCAAGGGGAGGCUUAUUUGAAUACGUAAGUGCAGCCAACUACUUUGGAGAAGUGAUUGAGUGGUGUGGCUUUGGCUUGGCCAGCUGGUCUCUUCAAGGUGGGGCUUUUGCUUUCUUCACCAUUUGUGUUUUAGUCCCCAGAGCACAAGAUCACCACCAGUGGUACCUUCAGAAAUUUGAAGAUUAUCCAAAAUUCAGAAAAACUAUAAUUCCAUUUUUGUUUUAAGUCCAUUGUCAGUGGAAUUAUCUUCGACUUGAAACUUUUUGAUGAUGUUUCAGUAGGGAUUAUAUAAAUGAAUUCUUUCUCUGUAAUUUUCCUGCUACUUCAUCUUUUUCAAGAUUGGCCCUAAGAAUUGUUUUCCUAGUAAAUUUGUAAGCUACCUAAUAACAAACUCAUCAAACUGAAAUAUAGGCUGAGAUAUUACGCUCCAUACCAGGGCAGGGAUCUGGAACUCUGGGUAAUCACUGCUGAUCAUUUCUCUGAUUUUGGACUUAACCACUUUCGAUUAUGUCCAGCGAAGUGCGCACAAGGCCAGGAUGUACGUGCCGUCUUUGAGGGCCUGUAUGGAUCAAAACCUUCCACUACCCCUUAUAAAACUCCCUGGAACAGUUAUUCCAAGGUCAAAGGCAGUGUUGUGUCUUCCCCCCAUAGAGGCAUGAUCUGUCUUCUAGGUCCUGCUCAUCCCACUGGGUCAGAGAGGCCCAGGGUACCCACAGUGUAAGCCAGGGAGUCAGGGGAACACAUGGGCUCUCCCUGUGGGCUACUGUGCAGGCAGGGUUUGGGGAUGGAGGAAGGAGAUGCAGGAGGCCCAGGUGAGGCCCAGGUGAGGCCUGGACCAAAGGCAUCUGCAGCUGCUCCAUUCUGGCCCAGCAGGUGACUACUGGCAGGGCAGUGCAAGGCCGGACACUGGGGCAUUUAUAAGAAGCAAGCUGCUCUGUCCCUGACAAAUGGAAUUUUGGGGAGGCCAGAGGGAGGGAGCAGGCAGGUGGAGCAGGGCAGUCUGCUCCCCCUCUAGCCACCCCUUCUGCCCUCCAGUCUCAGGUCACUUGCAGUAAGUCAUCACUAUUCUCUGAUCUGAGAUGCUCUUCCUUUUCUUCUAACUUCUAGGUAGAACUAGAAAUUCUGAAGCUGCUUUUUUUAAGUACCUCUCAGCAUUGCAAAACGAUAUCUUGAAGCAGAAUUUCUUGCUUUAGAUGCACUUGAAAGGUCCACUAAAAUAAAUGGCAGUAAUUAAAUUUACUACUCAUGGCCUGAUAUUUAAAAGAAAUCUCCAGUUAGAAGGCCGUUGACUCUAGGCUCUCUGUGAACAUCUAAUGAGUUCAUUGUGCUGCCCGCACAGUUGCUGCCACAUUGGCAGGAUGGAAACUGGAAGAGAAUUGGAAGAGGCUGUUUACCUCUGACCCACUGGCAGUACUAGGUUGCAGAAGUCCUCCAGGACACACCCGAGGUGGUGUCCCAUCGGUCUACUCACCGCUACCUUUGGGCUGGAAGCAGGCCUUCCAGCCCCGCAGCUCUUGAGACCCCCAGCACCCAUCCCCUCACUCUCCCACCCUUCUCGAGGCUACCUCUCGCAUGAGUUGUUGCGUAACUCUGUUCUCUGUGGGUUUCUUAGGGUUUAGAAUUCCACAGGAUGCUGCUGUGCUUCAUUUUCACUAAAAGUGGACUAUUUUUGUGGGGAAAAUUUAUUAAAUGAACUUUGGAUCAUUUUUUGACCAAACAAUUCCUUGAAACCAUAAAGCAAUAAAUGGGAAUUCAGGGAAACUCAAACAGCUGAGGCAGUCUUGAUGGAUUUGGGCCCCUUUGUCCUGAGGAGGUGCACCUGGCCAGAAGGAUGUGUGUCUGAGAGCCACGGAAGCCCACUGCUGAAUGCUCCUUCUGAAAAUGCUGCUGUUUGAUUGGAAUGGCCCAUGUGUACAAAAGUUUGGGUUAUCUCAAGAUUUGACGCAGGGUUUCUACUUUCCCAGCACACACUGGAUGGAUUACUACCAUGGGAAGAAAUCCUGCUCUAUCUUGUCUCUCUACCCUUUGUUUCCUUAUAACUUAGUCAAUUGUCUUCAGUUGUGGUAAGAUACUAAUUAAGGGUAUUAAUAAAAAUUGUCAAAA